UUGGCUGCUAUGUGCUUUGAAUGCAGAGCUCAAAAAGACAACGUGCUCCAACCCAAAGGAGGUGUGACUGUUAGUGAGGGAGAGACAGUAACACUGGACUGUCACUAUAACACCAGUCAAUCAAGUCCAUAUCUUUUCUGGUACAGACAGGCUGCAGACGACAAGCCCACAUUUAUUCUGAGCCGCUUUACUUUUGGAUCAGGGAACACAGCGGACGGGUUAGAGGAGAGAUUUGAUUCCAGCCUGGAUUCCAGCUCAAGAUCAGUUCCUCUGAAGAUCCAGAGUCUGCAGCUGUCUGACUCUGCUGUGUACUACUGUGCUCUGAGGCCCACAGUGACAGGAAACUGCAAGACGUACUACAAAAACCUUUGGAGUGUCUAUCAAGAAUCCAGAGAAAACGCAACGAUAAACCUGAUCCACUGUGAGUCUGCUGUCACCAUGACACCCUGCUGCACACUGACUCUGACCAUACAGGCUGACAAGCAGACACACACAUUUACCAUCACCAGCAGGCACAGUAGUAGUUUGGAAGAAGAAAUCAACCCCAUGACCCUUUCAGUCCAAAGUGUAGAAGGAGCCAAAGUUAUUCUAUCCUGUAUUUACACCGGCUCACCUUACAACCUUCAGUGGUAUCGUCAGUCACCAGGAUCUACAGCCCAAUUCCUCCUCUCUGCAUCACCCAGCAGUCAGCAGUCAGUGGUCAGAGGACAACCUGAAGAUCUCAGACUGUCAAUCAGCUUCAACGGAGAACAGAAACGAGUGGAUCUGGAGAUGUCCUCUGCUGCAUUGGCUGCUAUGUGCUUUGAAUGCAGAGCUCAAAAAGACAACGUGCUCCAACCCAAAGGAGGUGUGACUGUUAGUGAGGGAGAGACAGUAACACUGGACUGUCACUAUAACACCAGUGGCACAAGUGCAUAUCUUUUCUGGUACAGACAGGCUGCAGACGACAAGCCCACAUUCAUUCUGAGCCGCUCUACUUUUGGAUCAGGGGACACAGCGGACGGGUUCAAGGAGAGAUUUGAUUCCAGCCUGGAUUCCAGCUCAAGAUCAGUUCCUCUGAAGAUCCAGAGUCUGCAGCUGUCUGACUCUGCUGUGUACUACUGUGCUCUGAGG